CGACCCGAACCAAACCCAAAGACUGACCGCUCCUUUCCCCCUGCUCGGUCGUCAGGGCGAUUGAGUUUCAGGAUUAGAAGAAGGGCCCAUCUUUGCCGUGAGAAGGAGCUGAGGAUUCUCUCUCGAGGAUUCGAGCGGGAGAGACAGAGGAUUAUCUUUGCAGGACAUUGGUGCCAUUGGCUUCUUCAUUGCUGACAUGUUGGAUUCGUAGUGAAGCUUGAGUUAAGGAUGGCUUCUCUUCAGAUCAGUGCUUGGUCGCCAUGCGCAAGGUUCAAAAGCUUGUCGGGUUGCUGUUCUUCCGCUUCAAAGUCAGUCACGCGUAUGAACAUGCCCCGUCAAUAUUUCAACUUGCAGAUGAGACUGGACUAUAAUACAUGCAGCAGCCAGAGAUGCACACCCGUCUGUGUGUUUGGCCGUGGAGGAAAACCAGGGAAAGGAAAUGAGGGUUCUUCAUGGAAUCCACUUGAAAAUAUCAUGGAUAGGUUCAAGAAGGAAUUGACAGUUCAGGAUGUCUUAAAGGAGCAGAAGAGGACCAAACAGAUGGAAUUUGAUGAUGGAGAUGAUGAUGGUGGUGAUGGAAAAGGAACAGGUGGAGGGGGUGAUGGAAGUGGGUCAGAGGAAGAAAGUUUUGCAGGGGCCUUAGAUGAAUUACUCCAAGUGAUUCUUGCAGCUAUUGGAUUUUCUUUCUUGUAUUACUACAUCAUAAAUGGGGAGGAGUUCAGCAGGCUUGUAAGAGAUUACAUUCGGUAUCUUUUUGGGGGAAGAAAGAGUGUCCGGCUGACACGUGCCUUGGAUAGGUGGGAGACAUUUCUUGAGAAACUCAAUAGUGAUACCAGAGUAAGGCCUGAUUGGCUCGAACGGGAAAUUCUGUCAACACCAACUUGGUGGUAUGAUCCCGAAUGGCAGCAGCCGACAUUUCGACGUAGAGCAUCCUUUUAGCAACUUCUAGAAGUAUACAUCGAAUUUUGCUCUCUAGGCCGGAAAUAUAAAUGGGCUUCAAUGGUCAAGUUAGCUUUUGUGCUAUGUUUUGUUUCUCAUUGUGGAUCUUGUCUUCUUUCCAUGUUUCUUUUAUAAAGCAUCGCAUUUCCAGAAAAA